GGUUGCUGCUCCAGGGACCACACUUUGAGAACCACUGGUGUAAACUCAAGGAUGAAAACAAUAAUGAGCUCUGUCCCAUCCAACCAGUGGAGGCAUUUGGGGAGCAUUCCUUAGAAAAUUUUAGGAGACCCUUUCAUAGCCCCUUUGAGAAGCUCCAUUUUCUGCUCUACCUUACCUUCCUCCCCCUCUGCUUCAUCCUAGGCUCAAAGACUUAGCAGAACACUGGUGAGCUACAGAUGACUCAGACCCAUCCCCCAGGAUCACCAGGUAGUGAUGGGCGAUGGAAUUAGAGUAAACAAAUGCUAAUCAGAAUGGAAAACGGAAGGUAAAGGUUUGAGAAGCAAAGCAGGAUGGGAGUGCCUGAAUGUGAACUUGGAAAAACGUCAAGGUUCAGGAAAGACCAGCCUCAAGUUGAAGAACCAUUUGGAAAUCGCUACAGAAAGGAGGCAAGGACCUUUCAAGUGGGAACUGGAUACAUAACAGCACAGCGCCUUUACAGCUCUUGACUUUUCAGGAAACCUGAUCUUUGAACACACGGUACAAGUCUAACACUUUCACUGUUCACUCAGUUCCUGCUACUGCUACCUCACCAUGGACUUCUUGAUGAGCGGCCUGGCAGCCUGUGGCGCCUGUUUGUUCACCAACCCACUGGAGGUGGUGAAGACCAGGAUGCAGUUGCAAGGAGAACUAAAGGCUCCUGGCACCUACCAGCGGCAUUACCGAAACGUCUUCCAUGCCUUCAUCACCAUUGGCAAAGUGGAUGGCCUGGCUGCCCUGCAGAAGGGCUUAGCCCCUGCCCUUUUAUACCAGUUCUUAAUGAAUGGCAUCCGGCUGGGCACCUAUGGGCUGGCUGAGGCUGGGGGCUACCUGCACACAGCCGAAGGCACCCUCAGCCCUCCCCGCAGCGCUGCAGCUGGGGCCCUGGCUGGGGUCAUGGGAGCCUACUUGGGAAGCCCCAUCUACAUGGUGAAGACACACCUACAGGCACAGGCAGCCUCCGAAAUUGCUGUAGGACACCAGUAUAAACAUCAGGGCAUGUUUCAAGCACUAAACGAGAUUGGCCAGAAACAUGGCCUGGUGGGGUUGUGGCGUGGGGCUCUAGGCGGCAUGCCCCGAGUUGUCAUCGGUUCCUCCACCCAGCUGUGCACCUUCUCAUCCACCAAGGACCUCCUGACCCAGUGGGAGCUAUUUCCUCCCCAGAGCUGGAAGGUGGCUCUGGCAGCUGCGAUGGUGAGUGGCAUUGCCGUGGUCCUAGCCAUGACACCCUUUGAUGUGGCCUGCACAAGACUCUACAAUCAGCCCACAGAUGCCCAUGGCAAGGGCCUCAUGUACCGGGGGAUACUGGACGCUCUGCUGCAGACGGCUCGGACAGAGGGGAUUUUUGGCAUGUACAAGGGUAUAGGUGCCUCCUACUUCCGCCUUGGCCCCCACACCAUCCUCUCCCUCUUCUUCUGGGAUCAGCUGCGCAUCCUCUACUACACAUAUACCAAAUAAUAGCCACUCUUCCACAUGCCACCAAAUCAGCACUCCUUGGACACUUCUGCCUCAAUUUCUAUGUCCUGGUGACUUCUGACCAGGUGACCUUUCAUCCAUUUGAGGGAGACAGCCAACUCUACUCCCCAUCUGUUUUCUCAGGGCUGAAUUACUACAAAGGUAGAUUCCCUCCCUUCCUUGCUGUUGCUUUAAACCUUCCCUACCCACCUCUCUGAUUAUUUCACAACCCUCCCUCAGGGAUGAAUCAGUCACUCCAAAGUGUAUUUUUUCCUUUUCUCCACUGCCAGCCUUGGAUCCCUUCUGAUCCCAGGUAUAACUUUAAACUCCCCCACCCCCCAAGACCAAAGGAAAUUGGGGCGACCCUGGUGUCCUGUUAGAGUCAAAGCACAGAGAUUAUAUUGGUUAUAAAGCAAAUUUAUUUCUUCAGAGAAGAUGUGUCUUAUGUUUAUGCAUGAGGGAGGAAUUAGGGGAAUACAUCCACCUCCUUGUCCCCCUUGCAGACUGGGGUCCCCAUGUCUUCAGCAGCAUCAUGCAGUGUUUCAGCAUCUUUACUGGGGACCAAAGAUGUUGGGAUCGUGAAGGGUCAGACUGGUCACCAGCUGUUCAAAGUCACCCAGGUUCCAGGGCAUUGGUGACAGAUUUUCAGGGCCAAGAGGUGACCUAUUGUCAGGGCUUGGGGGUGGGGGAACAGAUAGAGAGAGAAUAUCAUCCAGGUCUCAGGUCUGGAAGUUCCCACUUCUUAUUCCCUGGAAGACCUAGGUAUCUGUGACCCCAAACCUCUGGCCCACUCCUGCUUCCUUGGAGAACCUCACCAGCCAGUCUCCCUGUUCUGCCCCUCCCAGUUGAGUGUCCUGGGGACCCCGUCACGAGCUAUGUGACCUUUCUGUCCUCCUUACGGGGGCUGAUUGAAGGUGAGCAGGAGAUCAGUCUGGUACUGGGGCAGCCGCAGCAGGGCCUGGUGCAAUGUCACGUUCUUUGCUACCUAAAGGAAUCAGAGUCUGGAUACUUAUGUGGUCCCUUGGGCCACCCCUUUCACCCCUCCAGGACAUCUCACUCCCCUAGCCCUCACCUGCUGGUUUUCUUUAGCUACCUGCUGCUUGCCAGAGAGAACCCAGGCUUCUUGACAGCAGUCUCUCAGGGCUAGCUUCUCCAAAAGGAGGGGCUGCACAGCCUCCACUUGCACAACCCUAGCCUCUUGCACCCCUCCAACAUCUUCAAAGUGGUAUCUGGAGUAGGGGAAGCAGAGUCAAGAAGGGCAUCUCUCACUGCCCCACCCCCGCGCUCAGCAUCUCUAAAUUCUCAAGUUCGCACACUUCAGGCGACACGCUGUUGCCCUUGGAGUUCUCAUUGCCCAGGUUAACCGUCCAGCCCCAGGCCCCGCCCCCACGCUCCCCCCUCCGCGCCUUUCCCUUUCUCCCAUUAGCCACUCGCG